CUGUCUGACAAGCACAUGUUGCCUUCCAGCCAGCUGUCACUCACGGGUCCACUAGACUUGUCUCACGAGACAAGUGAAGAUAACCUUGGAUCCCUGUGCUUCGUGUGCGUGUCCUCUAAUGAUGAGCAGAACUCUGACAUGUUUUGUGAGCAGUAUUCAGAAUUUUGUGAGACACAAACACUCAGCGCUCCCCUUGGCUCGCCUGUGCUGCUCCCAUGCAUCUUUUCAGCAAGUAACCUCAGCUGGGUGUCAUGGUCCCACAGUCCUGACACGUACCUGGUCCGCCUCACAUCUAAAGGGCGUGUUAAGUUUGUGGACCCCAGACAUGGCCGGGUGAAAGCCUUUCUAAACCAAGGCUCAGAGGGGAACUACUCCAUCCGCAUUGAUGAGCUGAAAAACACUGACCUGGGCUGUUACCGCUGUGAGCACGAACAAAACUGUCUUCAAGUGAACCUGGUUGCUGAAAUAGGUACACUGAGCGGAGAGAGGCAGCUGCUGAUUUACAUCUGUGUUGGCGUAGCUGUUUUCAUCCUGUUGAUUGUCUGUGGCUGCUGCUGCAUGAAAUUCAUAUGUGACGGUGCUCCACCUCAGGACACAGGCAGAGUGCCAGCAGAUGAACAGCAGAGGGGACAAGACACUCUUGUUUAUGAAAAUGAUGACCAAGGCCCAGCCAAUCAGCAGGGUGGCCCCACCAGAACUCAAUACACUCUACCGGGAGUUCCUCUCAAUCUGGACGGGGCUCAACCCAUUCAAGGCACAAGUGGGAUUUAUCCAGACUUGAACCAGUUUAACUUUGAGAGGAUACAAAGUCUGAGAACAAAACAAAGAUUUCACACAGAACUCUUCAGAAGAUUACGGCAAGCAAGUCUCAGUCGACAUUAUUACGUUAACCAAAGUGAAAUCAGCGGGCAGCCAGCCAUGCCAGCUCAGGCGAACAAUCACCGCAGAGUGUUUCGUGCUGCGGCAGGCGUGGGGAAGAAGAAAGUCAGAGAAAAUUGUGAAUACAAAAACCCGAUUUACAACAGGAGCACAGACCAGCUCAACCACCUGUAGACAACCAGGGGCAUAGUUUAAACAGCUGCUUCCUGCAUCCUUUCAGUCACUGAUUAUUCAUUUGACAUAAUUCAUUUAAGCUUGAUCCAUGUCUUAUUGUAUUUGUUUCUUCUAUAACUGCACUGUAUUUCACUGCCUGUACAUCUGUUACACAAUGAGUGAAGUUCAUCAAAUAAAGAUCUUCACACACAA